CUAUUUUCCUCUCAUCUACAUAGCUCUCUCCUUCAUCACUUUUCUCUCUCCUCACAUUUAUUCAUAUUCUCCAUCUCCUCCCCGUCAAAUCUAUCUACCUUUUUCCUUCUCUCUCUCUCUCUCUCUCUCUCCUUUCCUAUCCUAUCUGCCGGCGGCGAUGGACUCUCCUUGGACGGAGAAUCACGGCGGAGGUGGCGGAGGUUGCCGGGAAAGAGCGAUCGAGGAGCUGAUCAAGGGUAAGGAUUCCUUGAUCCGGCUCAAGAAUUUUCUCCAGCACCGUUUGGGAAGUGAUGGGUCCGACUCCGAAUCCACCAAGGAAUUGGUCGCCGGAAUCUCGAGAUCCUUUACUAGUGUUAUUUCCAUGCUGAAUCCCGACGCCAAAGAGAGCCAAAUUUCCGAUACUACCCUUGACCGGAAAUCCAUGAUCUCCGACGUCACCAGUAAACCACCGCCUACAGUUAAGGAUCGACGAGGUUGUUAUAAGAGACGGAAGAGUGAAGAAUCAUGGCAGAAGGUAUCUUCAACAAUGGAAGAUGGGUAUGCAUGGAGGAAAUAUGGGCAAAAGGAAAUCCUUAAUUCCAAUUUCCCAAGGUGCUACUUUAGGUGCACUCAUAAGUAUGAUCAAGGGUGCAAAGCUCUCAAACAGAUCCAAAUGAUGCACGACGAACCAGUCCGGUACAAGAUCAUCUACAUCGGCCGUCACUCGUGCACAACCACCACCACGAGCCCUUCCUUUGAUCAGGGUUUGUUCGCAUGCGAUGUUGGUCCUGGCGAGUCUAACUGUCAAUUUGUUAGUUUCGAGACCUAUAACGCCACUCCAACUAGUAAGCUGCAGCAAGCUCAUGCCAAUUAUAAUUUACCCGUGAAGGAAGAGGUUAAAGAAGAGACUAUGAUCAGUGACCUGUGCCAGGACCCGGUUGAUUCAGUUGCGUGGAAUGAUUUUGCUCAGAUUGAGUCUUCGUCGUCGGCGUUGUUUAGGAAUUACAAAACGGAUGGCUUGGGAUAUUUUGAUCAGAAUCAAAACGUCUUCAAUGGCUUCACCAACUGUUCUUUUUCUGAUUUUAAUGAUAAUUUUGAGUUUGAAGAGAUAACAAAUUAUUCACUCUAGGUUAUAUUUAUAUAAUGCCUUCUUACCCUUGUAAAUUUUCAUUUUCCUCUAGCUAGGUAAUGUAACGGUACUCCGUACUCUGUAUCAAAUUGAUUUUUUGUGGCGAGUCUAGUAUAUUUAUAUUUACCGUCAUCAAUAUAUUUGUGUCACUUGUUGUUGCAUGCUAUGUAAAAUGGAAAGUCUUUACUGAUCGACAUUCUUAAUUUGAAUUCUCCAUUUAGAACUUAA